GGGCAGGGAGCCGCGCUGCUGCUGGGAUGAGCGCCUCGGCUGCCACCGGCGUCUUCCUCCUGUCCCUCCCCCCCAUCCCCGGCACUUACCUCUUCAACUCCUUAGCCGCUAACACCAGUUCCUGGGCAAUUGUAGCAGUCGGAUCCCUGAUUUUGAUUUUUGUUGCUCUAGUAGCUCGUACUCUUGUCAAAAGAAAACCACCAAAAGACCCACUGUUUUAUGUUUAUGCUGUAUUCGCUUUUACCAGUGUAGUGAACCUUAUAGUUGGACUUGAACAGGAUGGAAUUAUUGAUGGAUUCAUGACCUACUACUUGAAAGAGGGCGAGCCUCACCUGAACACUGCGUAUGGCCAUGUGAUCUGCUAUUGGGAUGGCUCUGUGCAUUAUCUGAUGUAUCUCUUAAUGGUGGCAGCUAUUGCAUGGGAAGAAAGUUACAGAAACAUUGGCCUAUACUGGUUAGGAUCCAUUGUCAUGAGCAUUAUUGUCUUCAUACCUGGAACUCUUGUGGGUAAAUAUGGAGCAAGAAUGUGUCCUGCUUCGUUCUUAAAUGUACCAUAUAUUUGUCUUCCUAUAUGGGCUGGGUUCAGAAUUUAUAAUCAGCCUUCAGCGACUUACAAUACCCCUGUCAAGAUGGUUCAGAAAGUCCAGAAGAAAGGACUCCUGAGAAGACCAUUAGAUCUAAUGUUGGCUAUAUACCUCAUCUUAGCAACUGGGUUUUGCAUAUUUAGGGGCAUGGUAAGUCUUAGUUGUCCUGCUGAACUCUGCCGAUUAUAUAUUCAGCUUCACGAGCCCUAUAUCAAGGAUCCUGCUGCUUAUCCUAAACUUCAGAUGCUGACAUACAUGUUCUACUCUGUGCCUUAUUAUAUGAUUGCACUGUAUGGCCUACUGGUGCCUGGUUGUUCUUGGAUGCCCGACUUAACCCUUAUACAUGCUGGAGGACUAGCUCAGGCUCAGUUUUCCCAUAUUGGUGCUUCUCUUCAUGCUCGAACGCCUUAUAUCUACAGAGUCCCCGAAGAAGCAAAAUUCUGUUUUCUAGUACUAAAUAUAGUAUAUGGACUCCUUCCCCAGCUGCUGGCUUAUAGGUGUGUCAACAAACCAGAGUUUUUUAUGAAAGCAAAAGAAGAAGAAGAAGAAGAAAAAGCUCAAUAGAAAGACUGCUUCCACUUCUUCCUUUUUGCUAUGUAUAUACUUGUUUUCUGAUGUAACUGGAGUCUCUUACAGAAUCCAAAUGACAUUUGGCUUAUCAAAAGUGUGUGUAUCCUUAAUGUAAAGAGAGAAAAUAAAGGCAACUGCCUUCAAUUAAUGCUUCUCAACAGUUUGCUUUUACUCUGUCCUGGAGAUAAUUUCUAAAGCUAUUCUUGAGAAGAGUAAGCUUUGUGGGUUUUUUUUAUUACAACCACAUGAAGUUAAGUAAUAAUUACUUCAAUGUUCUGCUUGCACAGACUACUCUUGGAAAAACUCAGCACCACUGCACAAUGCAGAAUUUUGUAGAAAUUAAUGGGAGGUGUGCAGAAUUUCCUUUUCCCCCCAAAGAAAUGGGCUGCAGGACUGUUCACCAUCCUUAGGGGGGCUGCUGGACCCAACAAAGCCCAGCCUAUAAAUAGAAGACAAGAGUGGAGGGAGGAGGAGGGAACUGGAGGCUUCCCAGCAGCUACAUGCCCGAAGGAAGAAGGCAGCAGCAUGCAGGAAAUGCCAUACAAGACCAGGAGAUGGGUCCCAGCAUCAGGCUGUUUCUCCUUUUGAAUGUCUAGGGUGUAUGGGUAAAAGAUUGAGUGUCUGAACCAGGGGAGAGGCAGCCCACGGCUGGGCUCUGGAGGGGGGAAGGAGUGUGUGUGUCUGCAUUAGGGAGGAUGGCUGGGCUUGGUGUAUGCUAGGGGUUGUGAGAGUCUGGACCCAUUGGGCUCUGUGGGGAGGGAGCAGAGAAAGAGGAACCAAGUUGCCUUAGGAGUUUCUUUAACUCUCUACUCCUGUUACACAUGUACUUGCUGACAGGUAUGUCGAAAUAAAUUAUCAAAAUAAUUGAAACUGGCAUGAUUAUAUAGUGUUAUCUGGACAAAGAAAAAAUGCCACAUUUUGCAGAAUUUUUCAUUCUUUAGCAUAGAAUUCCCUCAGGUGUAACAGGCUGAAUUAUUUCAGCAUUACCAACUCUCAUAAAAUGAUUGUGUAUUGUUUGAGUUAAUAUUUGUAUAUGUAAACAAUUAGUGUACAUAACAUGGUUAUGUACACAUGUUUUAAUGAUCAAAAACUAUUUCUUGCAGGUAAGCCCUGUUAAAAAUCCCAAGACAUCUUUUAAAGACGACUCUCUAUAUGUGAAAGGCAAAUCAUGUGAUUGUGGAAAUGCUGCUUAAGUAUUCAAUCUGCUCCAUGCUGAGCACUCCAGGUCUCAUCCAGCAAAGCAUGUAAGCACAUGCUUAAUCUCUGAAAUUGACAGGACUGUUCAUAUGCUUAACUGUAAGCAUAUGUUAAACUGCAUUGCUGGAGCGGGGGUUUGAGUGUGCAGCUCUUUGGAGAAUACAGGCCUUAAAUCAGGGGUGGGCAAAUUCCAGCCAGGAGGCUGGAUCUAGUCCACAAGGUUAGUCCCUGGUGGGCCCCCAUCUCCAUUUUACCUGCGAUCCUCUGAUACCUGAGGAGGUGCAGGUAAACAUAAUGGCAGCGGCUCACCAGGGACUAACCCUGCAGGCUGCCAUUUUUUUAUUGCCCACUUCUGCCUUAAAUACUUCCAUGUGUUUUCAGAGAGGAGUUUUUCCACUGUACUUCUCUGCAUUGCUGCUUUUGCUUCUGAUAUUUUGCUAUAAAAAAGCAGCAGCUAAUAUAAAAUUUAAUAAGGCCUUGGUUGGUGGAGCUUAUGUUUCUAUUUGCAGUUAGAAGUAUUUCUAUUACAUCUGAAUAUCUUUAUACUAAAAAUAGAACACUUCUGUCUCUUUUAUGGGUGAAAAUAGAGGGUAAACUUAACUGGAAACAUUUCAUGCUUGGGUGUUUCAGAAGUUCUAAAUUUGCAGGGUUCUUUUUUCUUUUUUAUAGUCAGUGCCGGCUCCUGUAUGUGUACGUUUCAACCUAAAUGGGGAGGGGGACU